AUGACUAAACUGGAGUCUUUGAAGAUUGGCUACUAUGUCUGGCAAUAUGUCCCCUCCACCGCUGCGGCGAGUACAUUCACGCUACCAUUUGCCAUUGGUGGUAUAUGUGAGUCACCCUUCAUCCAUCCGUGCUUUUACUCUCUUGAAGUCAGAAUCAUGAUGCUAACAUGUCUCGUUUUCGUCGAAAUCAUCGGUUAUGCUGCCCGUGUCGACUCUCAUGAUAAUACCGGCAAAUUGAUGCUGUACUGCAUCCAGGCAGUCUUCAUUCUUCUUGGCCCAGCCCUCUUCGCCGCAUCGAUCUACAUGGUACUUGCUCGUAUUAUUCGCAGCGUCAAUGCAGAGAAACACUCUGUACUGCCACUGAACUGGGUGACCAAAACAUUCGUCCUGAGUGAUAUUGUCACGUUCUUAGUUCAAGCAGGUGGAUGCGGCAUGAUGGUAAGUAGCAGUCUAUCCAGUAUUGGGCAAGGUAUUGUGAUUGCUGGCCUAGGCCUACAAGUUUUGAGUUUCUGCAUGUUCAUUGUCACUGCAUAUGUCUUUCAGACGCGUAUGCGCCGCAAACCUACCGAGGAAGCAUUUGACAUUGACCUUCCCUGGAAACAAUACCUUUACAGCAUCUAUGUCAUUGGCACUCUUGUGAUUAUUCGAUCUAUCUUCCGAAUUGUGGAGUACGCUAUGGGCAAUGAAGGGUAUCCCUUGAGCAAUGAAUGGACAUUGUAUGUCUUUGACUCGCUUCCCAUGUUUGCAAGCAUGGUGGUUUUUGGCAUUUGGUACCCUGGUGAUCUGAAGCCGUUCCUUGAGAAAAAUUAUUCCCCAGAUCCUCGAGAGCAAAGCCUAACCAUGAAAUGA